AUGUCCAUGCUCGCUUGGGUCCGCAAAGAAGUAUCAAUUCUAGGCUGGGUGGGGCACCAAUUCAUGAAUGACUGCAUGACGAACACAACGAUCGACGCUCGCCAACCCGCUGGAGAGCCAACUCACGACGACAACCCGCAGAGGAAUCCUCGCAAGCUCAAUCUGCUAAUCUGCCCCACAGGCCGGUCAACCCAAGCAGUCGGCCUCUGCGAGUAUACGAGGAAGUCAACCAUCCUCGCUCGAAUCACGAAGGUCGCCAACGUGAAUAGCAAGCCAUGCGCGCGGAAGAUGUCGAAAGCUUGUAAACGGCCGACUUCGAAAUUUAAAGAUUGGCGGAAAUUUCGAAGAUGCUCUACACAGGGAGGUGGAACAACCAAACUUUGCACCUUUCACUGUCGAAAUCGAGCAGGCUGCUUCCCUGAAGAGAUUCUCUACAGGGCUGACAACGCGCUGAUGUGCAAGGUGUUUGCAAUGAUCUUGCGAGGAGCAGCCCAAGACUGGUUCUACACCCUACCAUCCGGGUCGAUCAGCAGCUUCAAGGAGCUAGCUUACGUCUUCCCCAAAAAAUACACUUCUUACAUCAAGAAGAACCUUGACCACCUGUACCACAUGUACAACCUUGACCGAAUCGCAUCAUCUGGUUUCAAGAAAGGUCUUCCAGCUGAGCACGAAUUGAACCGCGAGCUGACUAUCACUCCCAGCCAGGCUCUAGUAGAGGCCUUCGCGACCGUGGAACGCUACGCGCUCUGGGAUGACGAUCGAAUUGCAACGAAGAAGUCUACCAAGAAGGAAGAUCAGCCAAUCAAGUGGAGAAGCCAAAGAAGCAACAGGUUUAGCAACAGGAACAAGGACAAACGAAGAAGUCUACCCACAAGGAGACGCUACGCCAGAAGAGAACUACACCAAGUUCUCCAUCCCCAUGCAUCAAAUCUUGGCCCAAGUGAAGGACAAACCUUGGGGAUUAACAUAAUCCGGCGGAUUGAGGAUCGUGAUACCGCUAAGGAGCCACCUAAGAAAGUCAUAAGGAUGAAUAGAAUCCUAGCCAACUUCGAGGAGUCAAGGCUGACCAGCAAAGAAAAGAAGAGGAAGAUCAAACAGGCCACUGUGAUAUCUCAAAUCUUGACUGGCCUUCCACCAGCAGAAGACGAUCUCGUAAUCGGCGACCAAAAGAAAGAUCUGAUCGGCCUCGAUAUACCAUACAAUGAUGUCCUUGUGGUUCAAAUUCAUAUUGCUCAGGCCAUGGUCGACUGA